GUAGGCCUUGCCGAUUCAGAUGUAAUAUAAUUUAGUUUCCCACCGAUCCGAUAUGGAUACGAUUUUGGCAAUAAAGGGUAAGGACUUUGUCCUACUCUCCGCUAACAUAGGGACAGGCAAAGGCCUCUUAAUGUUGGAUCAGGACAAAUCAAAGAUAGAACGCAUCAGUGACUAUUCCAUGAUUGCUGCCGCUGGCGAAGGAGGAGACCCGCAACGUUUUGUUAACUUUAUCGCGGGGCAUUCGGAAUUGCAAAGAGUGCAACAUAAUGGAUUGGAUAUGCCCGUGAACAGCAUUGCUCACUUUGCCGCAAAACAGAUAUGUGAAAGUGUGAUGGAAAAUCUGAAUUAUAAGGUCUCCGCACUGAUUGCUGGCUGGGGUCCGCUGAUGGGUCCGCAACUGCAUCAAAUCGACGAGUUCGGGGGCUUAAUGUCCGUUCCACAUAGUGGCCAAGGCGUCGGGUUGGCCUUAUUUAACUCCAUAUUCCAAAAAUACUAUUCGCCAGACAUUGAUGAACCCACAGCCUACAAAGUGCUGAAGAAAUGCGUGGCAGCAGCCCAUGAGCGUCUCGCUGUCAAUAUGCGCAACUUUGAGGUGUUUGCUGUGAAGGAAAAUGGCAUCACCAAGCUGAACACCAUCGAUGCUGACUCUUUGAAGACGGCGCCCCAUUGAGUCUUUGAUAUAAUAAUUUAUAAUUUCAC